AUGUCUGCAGACGCGUCGCGAAACUGGCGAGAGUCGCUAACUCCGCAGCAGCGGGCUAGCGUACAGAAACAUAUUUUCACUCGCCUUGCAGCGCUCGUUGAGGGCGUCUCGGAGAAGGACUUGUGGGCCCGUUCGGUUACCUUUGAGGAGCGUGAGUUUGCGCGAGCGUCAUCCCAGCAGGAGUACCUUCAUCGCAUAGCGGUUGGUCUGCAGAAUGCUGAACGCGCUGUGGGCGGCCACGCUGAGGCGCCACAGGGUGCACCAGCCUCUAGGCCGGCGAAGCAGCAACCGGCUCAGGCGUCAUCAGAUACACUACUGAUGGCGCCUCUACCUAGACGUUUGAACGAGUGGCAAGAGCACCCGGUGGACGCGACGGAAGUGCAGCUCGACGAGCAGCGAAAGCGAGCCAGGAGCGCCUGCUCGAAUUCGUCUGCUCCGACUGUGCGUGAGACGCGGCCACCACGAACACAGAGCAUGACGAGUAUUCCGUUUGGAAUGGAAGCUCGCGUGCAAUCUGUGCAGUCUGCUCCGCCAGCAGACAAUGAGCGUUCUCCAUGCUCAUUCUCGGUUUCUUCUUCUGUGGACGGGGCACGAGCUGCCCAGAUCGCCCAGGUUUCCCGCACAGAUGGAACGGCAACCGGUGCAGCGCCGAUUGGCGGCAGAAUCAGUGGAUCGACGACGAAUUUCAAACGAGCCAACACACCUUUGGCACCGAAUCUGUUCAAUCCACAGCAGAAAGAGGUCAUUCGGACAGUUCUUGACGCGUACCAAGAGAUGCCUGAAGAGCUUCGGGCGCAUGGAUUUGGUGCGCUGCCACCGCAUGUGAUUGAAAGGCUGGCGCAAGUCUUUCCGAACGACCCUAUCGUCUUUGCUGCUUUUGCAGCAGCGAUGGCUGUCGGCACGGCACAGCGCGAAGUCCUGUAUGUGCGCUUUAUUGCUGCACUGAAUGCUGCCCGUGAGGCAGCUGCACGCUACGCAAUCUCGAAAUCGCUUUCGAUGGCUGCUGCAAGCGUUUCCGCGCAAAUGUCAAGCCCAAAUCUAAGACGAUCAAUCUCGGUUGGAGCACCGGAAACCCUCUUUGCUGCAAGCCCGAAUAUGACUCGUCCAUUAUCUGGACAUGCUAUGGAAAAUGAAGUGCACGAGUCGCCUACGCGAAUUUUUGCGGAGCUCGCUGACUUCCAGGCCCGGGAGGGUCAGGUAUUUCGAGGUGCGUUGGGCAUCAUACGCACUGCGCUGCAAAAACAGACCGAUCCUUUCCUCCGGGAACGACAUAUGGAGAACAUCCAAGCGGUCUUGAAUUUGAUUCAGAUGAACCCCAGUACCCUCACGAGCACACGAUACCCGACGCUUGCCGAGAUCCAGCGGGCGCGAAGCUAUGUGCAGCGCUGGGUGGCGCUUCUUCAAGAUGUAGCAGGACGCAGUCGGAGCACGUCCAGCACUUUACGGCGUACGGAGCGACGGGCACAGGGCACCGCGCCCACUUUCCAGACGGCUGUUCCCGGCCGCACUGCUACCGAGGUCUCCACCGCAGGAUUCUGCGGCAAUGCCGCCGCGCCUCCUGCACCGUCGGACGCGUCGACAAACGCCAGAGUGUUCCUAUCCACUGAAAGAGACGGGCACUUGCAUGUGGGAGGACAGAGCCCCGCAUCCCUCUUGGUCGGAGACGCCGUUGACUCGAACAAGCCGCAUGCGUUGCGUAGCGCCACGCCGGCGGAUGUUCGCCGAGCACCACACUCAGAACCGAAUCGAGCUGGAGCCGCUCUGGUCAUGUCGUCCGACUCGUCUUUGAAUGCGGGGCUGAUGCAGUCGUUGGGAUAUGGCGCCCCAUCUGGUAACGCAGCCACCAGGCGAGAAGGUGGCGUGUUGCCAACUUCCGGUGUCACCGCAACUGGCGGUGACUCCGAGCUCCUGAAGACCAAUUUUGAAGCGGUUACGGUGUCUUCAAAUCAAUCACCAGCACAGACACCAACGAUUAUGCCGAAGAUUGUCACGCUUCUGGGUGAGCACGGCAACGUGGUUGCGGUGAAAACGGAAAGCAAGCCCUCCAUGGAUACGGUCCCAGGUGCGGAGCGCAAGACUGCGAGUUGUUUCGUAGCUGAACGUGAGCCAGAUGGAAAGCAAACAGAUGCAAAGACGUUUCUUCCGGGGUUGCUUGAGAUGAACGCCGCGGAUACAAAGCCUCCGCGAGAUCGUUUCAUGGAUACCGUUCGCAGGGAAAUGGCACUCGCCAUGGAAAAGUGUUUGCCUCCGGAAUAUCCGUUGAAAAUGGAACAUAUUCUUGACUGGGAACUUGGUGGUCCCAUCAUCCGUAUCAGCACCACAGUGAUUCCAGAAGGGGCCUCAGACGAGCACGCCGACGCAACGGUGGUCCAUUUUCCGAUACUUCUCUUUGCAUUCCCUUCGCCUCACUAUCUCGAACGGAACUGUCGCGGUGUUGCGAUUACGUUUCGAUCCGCGAUAACGCCAGUGGAAGAAGACAGCUGGGCAUACCUGAGCGCGAGUGCGUUUCUCCGAAGCAUCAGAGCGUACUGCCACCCUGAAGAGGCCGCGAAAAUAGACCGAUCGUUGGGAAGUCGCGCACUGCACCUGCGCGUGCUCCUUCUGUACGUGAAUAUAUCUGUGUUUGAAAUGGUUCAGCUCUGGAUCCAGAGUGUUUGUGCCUUUGCGCCGAUUCAAGAGGGCAUCGCGCUAGAGCAAUGCGUCCAAACAGGCGAGUGUCCAACAUCAGUGUCCGAGGUCGAAAGCAGAGCAGCAAAGUCUUCUCAGGAGCUGAGCAGCGCAGUCGCAGCGCUGGACGUUUCCCAGAGUCCAACAACAUCGAGCGCUAAUCCCGGUGCCCUGAAUGGAAGCCAGCAGGCAUCGAGCGCCGAGCAAGUGCGCGAGCUGCAACGAAGCAGUCUGGACGCUGCGAGUGAGCUACACUGA